AUGUCACGGAGCGAGAAUGGUACCUCACGAAGCUCUCAUGCCAACGAAAACAGUCAAGACAGCACAAUACAGACGGAAAAUGAUAGUCACACAACUGCAGACAACACGACGGAUGUGGAAUCUACCACUCUGAUAACAAGUUCGACGCUUUCCUCUACUCAAGUGGAUAGCGAGUCAGAAAACAGAAUAACCAAACAUGAAAUCGAUAAGAAACAACUGAUGCACGAUCUGGAGCUGCUGCGUAUCGAGUUAAGCCAGAAAAAUCUUAUCAUUGAUAACAUGAAGGUUGAUUAUCUUAGUAAAGUGGACGAGUUGGAGGAGCUUGUGGCGGAUAUGAGACACGACAAGCAAAUUCUUCAAGCGCGACUUGAGUCGCAGCUUAAACUACAGCAGGAGGAAUCCAAGAGUUCUCUUGAACGAACAAGGCAAGAGAUGGCAAAAAUCUUUAAAAGGCAACAGGCCCUGGAACUCGAAAACAAAAAACUUCAAGAGAAAGCAGUAGAUUUCAGGAAAGGGUUAAACGAUCUGGAAUCAAUUUCAGAUGAAGAAUACUUGGAACUGAAAGCUAAAGACCCUGAUCAACUGGGCUUGAGGGAAUUUUUGAUGGUUAGUCUAACUACUGCAUUAUUCUUUAACGUAUAA